GUCCGCUGUUCGUCAUCGUGUCGGUCUCUCUCACAUCCGCUCGGCGCUUUGAACAGCAAAAAAUAUCGUCGCCGUAGUUGUCGUCGGGGCGCCGUUCUACUCGCAGUGCUGCAAUAUUUCUAGACAAAAGGGACUGUAAUUCGGAGAAAAGCUGAGCAGAAAAAUAGCCAGAACACAGAAAAGUAUAAAGCCUACCGCAGCUUUUGUGUUUCGUUUGGUUUUUCUAUAGCCUUUUUCAAUAAUUUACAACAAUCUUCUCGUUUCGUGCAAAUCGACAAAGAACAAAAAUUAAUCGACAAGCAAAGAAACGUACAACAACUAAUACACACUCACCAACACACACACAAAACACACACAAGAAAAUCAAAUUUCAAUCAGAAAAUGGCGUUAAAAAGAAUCAAUAAGGAACUGCAAGAUCUGGGCAGAGAUCCACCUGCACAAUGUUCAGCUGGACCAGUUGGAGAUGAUUUAUUUCACUGGCAAGCUACAAUAAUGGGCCCGCCGGACAGCCCUUACCAAGGAGGUGUAUUUUUCUUAACUAUACAUUUUCCAACAGACUAUCCUUUCAAGCCACCAAAAGUGGCCUUUACAACACGCAUAUACCAUCCAAACAUUAACAGCAAUGGAUCGAUUUGCCUCGAUAUAUUAAGAUCUCAGUGGUCGCCAGCAUUAACUAUUUCAAAAGUCUUAUUAUCAAUUUGCUCUCUACUCUGUGAUCCCAAUCCAGAUGAUCCGCUUGUUCCAGAGAUUGCCAGAAUAUAUAAAACUGAUCGGGAAAAAUACAAUGAGCUGGCACGGGAGUGGACUAGGAAGUAUGCUAUGUGAUGCGUUCCAGAUUGCAGCAACAACAGUCCAACAAUAACAACAACAAAA